AUGAGGAAUCACACAUUUGCUUCCGGUAACGGAUGCUCUCAACCAUCGGAAACAUCCCCUUUGCUCGGCGACACUGAAAACUCCAAACCGCCUAGUGGAGAGUAUGUUGUCGAACACCAUGAUGAAGAGGCUGUGGGUCACAAUGGGAUCGAUGCAGCUCGCGAGGCCCAAUUCACCGGGCCCCCAGACGCACAGAAGAAAUUAAAAUAUAUCGUGCCAGCUAUUUCGAUUGGGGUGUUCCUUGGCGCAGCGGACCAAACUAUCAUUGUGUCCAGCUAUGGGAAAAUUGGAAGCGACCUGAAGGCUUUGAACCUGACCAGUUGGAUUGCAACUUCGUAUUUUCUGACCCUGACCUCCUUCCAGCCUCUCUACGGCCGUCUGAGUGACAUAUUCGGCCGUAAAACAUGUCUUCUAUUUGCCUAUUGUGUCUUUGGGGUUGGGUGUGUGGGCUGCGGACUUGCGAGGAAUAUUGGGGAGUUGAUUGCGGCCAGAGUAUUCCAAGGUCUUGGAGGCGGGGGAAUGUCGACUGUCGUGAGCAUUAUUAUGAGCGAAGUUGUUCCCCUCCGCGACCGAGGUGUCUGGCAAGGUGUCAUUAACAUCAUAUGGGCGACCGGGAGCGGCAUUUUGGCUGAUUACAUUGGCUGGCGUUGGGCGUUCAUUCUGCAGGCACCUUUAUGUCUUCUGGCAUUUAUAUCUGUUGCGUUUACAUUACAUCUCCCUGCGCAAGAGAAGUCACAUUGGCGGGAAAAGCUCCGCCGAAUAGAUUUCCUGGGGGCGAUAGUCCUGGUCGGAGCAGUAUUCUCAUUCCUCCUUGGAGCAGAUAGGGGUAGUAACGUUUCAUGGUUCAUCCCAAUAGCCAUCGUGUCUAUGGUCCUGUCAAUCGUUCUAUUUGCCCUUUUCCUCUGCGUCGAAGUUUGGAUAGCAUCUGAGCCUUUUGCGCCGAGCCAUAUCAUCUUUGAUCGGAAUCUGGUUGCCUGCUAUGCAUGCAACUUUUUCAGUUUCGCCGGAUAUACGGGCGUUCUAUUUUACUUUCCUCUAUAUUUCCAGGCUACAGAUGGUGUUUCUGCCACUGGAGCAGGCCUCAGACUUCUUCCCUCCAUCAUAGCUGGUGUCACUGGUUCACUGUUUGGCGGCAUCGUAAUGAAGAAGACGGGCAAAUAUUUCUGGCUCACCUUCGCAGCCUAUGUUCUUCUACCUAUCGGAAUUGUCAACAUAUUCCUUUGGUCUGGUGGCUUGGUUCGUAACACUGUCGGAAUCAUCACUGGCAUAACCUUAGCUGCAUUGGGAAGCGGAACUGGAAUUACCACUACCCUGAUUGCUUUGAUCGCGUGCUCAUCUCCACAGGACCUAGCAGUAGCAACCGCAUGCUCUUAUCUUUUUCGAUCACUCGGAUCAGUAAUAGGACUUUCGUUCGCAUCUACAAUCGUCCAGCAGUCCUUACGAAGUGGCCUGCGCUCUGCUCUCGGCAACAAUAAGGAUAUCGACAAGAUUGUUAACGGCGUACGCCAAAGCCUAGAUUUUAUCAAUACCCUGGAUCCACAGACCAGUAGAAUCGUGAGAGAUUGUUAUGGAAACGCCACGAAUCAUGCAUUUGGCCUUUCGAUCGUCGUUGUCUUUUUUACGACGAUCUCUACACUUUUCAUCCGGGAAAAAGCUCUCAGUCGUUGAUUUAAAGAAGUGAUGAAAGGAAUUUGGAGAGUUCCCUUUCCAAAAUUCAUUAACAAAUUUGCUUCAAAUUCUACUAGAAUGGAUAUCCCCAUGUUUUCGUU